UCCGAUUUAUAAGUGAAUCAAUUAUGGUUGAAUUCUCCAAAAUAAUUGUUUUUACCAAAAUCAAUGGCUUAUGGUUCUACUUCUAGCAUCUCAACUAAUCUAAAAAGGGGAAAAAACACAGUAUUAAAGAUCCAAGAAAAUGAUUCUCAGGAGCUCAUCAAACCCAGUAACAGGAACUUUCCUCUCGCCAUUCUCAUCAUCAGACAGUCCCAAUAGAGACUUUCAUGACCACAAUAAGCUCUCUUCCUCUCACGGUUUUCACCAUCUCAACUUGACGCCAAUCUCAUGCACCAACUCAUCUUCUCCAAUCUCUGAACAUAACGAUAGCUUUCGCCUCGGAGGCUUUCGAAGAGCUUGGUCUGAUAGUAACUUGGAGAAAUUUGUCUAUCCAUCAUCAUCAUCCGAUCAUAAGGAAGAGCUUCAGAAUUUUACAAGUCAUACACCAAAGAGAUUCACAAAGAGAAAUUACACCACCAUGUUGCAAACUGCACCCUCUUUUUCAAUAUUUAAUGUGAAUGACCAUGAGCUACAAGAUCAAGAAAAGAAUGGAGUAGAAGAAGAAGAACGAGGUUUGAUGAGAACAGUAACUAUUGGAGAUAUUAUAGAAGGUACAAGUAAUGGAGAGUUGAGCUUUGAAAAGAAAAGUAUGGGUCUGAUAGAAGAAGAAGGAGAGGAAGAACAAGAUCAAGAAGUUAUGAAUGAGAUUGAAAAUUUGAAUCUUGAAAACGUUAAAGAACCGGUUAGUCCUCCUAUGUACCUUGCUUCGGGUCUUGGGAUUGAUGGCAUUGAUUUUGGAGGUGGAGGCAGAGGUGGAGGUGGGUUUGAUUCUACUUUACCAAAUUUUGAUGAAAGUGAUGAUCUUGAAGAGUAUUAUAAGAGAAUGGUUGAUGAGUUUCCUUGCCACCCUUUGUUUCUAGCAAAUUAUGCCCAGCUUUUGCAGUCAAAAGGAGACCUUCAUGGGGCUGAGGAAUACUAUUAUCGUGCUACAGUGGCAGAUCCUGAAGAUGGUGAGAUUUUAAUGAAGUAUGCUAAACUGGAGUGGCAGCUGCAUCAUGAUCAAGAUAGAGCUUGGAGUAACUUUGAACGUGCUAUUCAGGCUGCCCCUCAAGAUAGCCAUGUUCUUGCAGCAUAUGCCAGUUUUCUUUGGGAAAUAGAUGGCGAUGGGGAAGAAGACAGAUGGCAGACGAAGCAUAUUCAGGUAAAAGAGGAGGAAAGUCUUGUUGAGCUUGACAAAUUAGUUAACAUACAAGAUCUCGAGCCGUUGCAGCUUCCACCUGGGCUUAUUAUGGACGUUGACGAUGACGCUGCUUCUGCUACCAACAAGGGCUUCGCUGUUGAAGAGUAUUACAAGAAGAUGGUUGAGGAAAAUCCUUCCAACUCCUUGGUGCUAAGAAAUUAUGCUCAGUUUCUGUAUCAGGCCAAGGGAGAUAUUCGAGGCGCUGAGGAGUAUUACUCGCGGGCUUUACUAGCUGAUCCUGGGGAUGGUGAAAUCAAGUCACAGUAUGCAAAAUUAGUGUGGGAACUUGGUCGAGACCGCGAUAAAGCUUCAAGUUACUUUGAGCAAGCAGUUCAAGCUGCUCCAGGGAAUAGUAAUGUUCUUGCAGCAUAUGCUAGUUUCCUCUGGGAAACAGAAGAAAAUGAAGAAGAUAGCACCUGUUCAGAUCAAUUUCAGGAGGUCAUUCACCAUGAAAGUUCUGUGACUGCCGCCACUGCCUAACUCUGAUUUAUGGCUUCUGCCCAGUAGUCGCAACCAAACUUUCCUAGAUAUUAUAAAGAAAUAACCAACAGCUGUAUCAGUCAGAUGGGUGGAGAUUAUCCAGCUGCUUUAAUCAGUUUUGUGAGUGACGUCUGAUGUGUUAUAGAUCUAAAGCACGAAUUAAUAAAUUAUGUUUAUUUUUCUUUA